UUUGAGACGUGAGUGAGUAAUUGAUUGGAGAUGGCAACCGAUCAUCGGGGCAAGAUUGAAUUUGGGCAAUUCGAAAGGGGGGGCGUUUUUUUCCCACUAAAAGGGGAAGCGGGUCGAUAGGCCAGGGUGAUUAGCAUCACACACGUCUGCACUGAUAAUGAAUGCACCACCGAUAUUUAUAGAAGUGUCAAUUUCCUUCUUGUGCAGCCUAGACAACCGAGCCCCUGAGGAUGUCAUUCACGACCGGGAAGCCCGGCAUGGUGGUGGUUUUGCAAAUGCUACCUACCCCAUGCUGCUUUGUAUUUGGUUGUUUACACUGGAUUCAAGCCUCUCUGUCUCGCUGCUUGAGGAACUGCCACUUGUCUGUUCUGGGUCUAGCGUCCCCCGUGCCUGAACGCCCCGCAUCCAGACUUUCAGUUCUUUUGACGCGAACCCCUUACUUACCGCUUAACCACCUGAUUCACUAUCUAUCCAGAAGAUACCGGCACAAGCCUCGGUUGGAGAUUGAAUUCACACUGUCGAUGGACAUGGCGAAAGUUGAGGGGAGAUGCAUUAUUUACAAUUAUUUACAACUAAUACUACAGUGCCACCGUCCGCUGCGUUUUUGAACCACCCCGGCAGAGAGCAUCCAGCACUGUCCACCAUCUUAUACAUGAAACAAGAUUCCUCCAGGGAAUAAUUAGCCCGUGAUAACCUCCUCCCAGUCCAGCC